UCCUCUCUCCUCCUCUCCCCCUCCCUUUUGCUCUCUUGGUGGAGGCGGGAAGACAGAGCGAGCACAGGACAGAAGAGAGAAAGCAGACAGGACGGCAUCAUUUUGACGGACUCCGUCUUCUAUCUGUAGAUAACCACACCCGAGUUGUACUUUUAGUUCCGUUUCUGGACACCUCUUUUCCAUUCACCCAGCUGGGAGAGACAAAGCCCCGUGCCCUGAGCGGCAGAGCUCUGGUCGGGGGCUGGCUGGCUGUAAAUUGACGUGGCAUGGAAAUUCUCCGCUAAGUUGAAGCAAUUUGAGAGCUCCUCGAAGAUCGAGCCCAGCGCCCCGGAGCUGGAGCUAACCCAUGGGCUGAGUGACCUUACAGAAGAAUGGCUAAAGUCUCCCGCUCCUCGCCUUGGACCCGCCGUUUUCUUUCUGGCUAUCUAUCAUUUCGCUGAAAAUCAAACCAAAGAAAGCAGUUAAGUGUGUAACUUCGCUUCGCAGCUUCAACAAGAGAACUGGCUGCUCGCGGUCCUGUAGCUCUUUUCCGCAGUCUAACUCCUUGCAGACUUUGCCAUGGGGUGCGGACUUAGGAAGCUGGAAGACUCUGAUGACAGCAGCCCUGGAAAAAUAUUUUCUACCCUGAAGAGACCGCAAGUGGAAACAAAGACAGAGUUUGCUUAUGAAUAUGCCCUGCUGGAUUUUACUUUACAAGCUUCAACAAACCCAGAAGUCAUCAAAAUAAAUUCAGUUCUGGAUAUAGUUGCCAAAGUGGAAGCGUAUUAUCUUAAGGGCUAUGUUGUUGGGGCCAUUCACCCAGUUAUACAACCUGUGGGGCAUCGGAAACACCUCCCAGCAAGUCACCUGUACCGAGUGGUGCUGUCUCGAUUGAAAGCAAGCCCCAAGCAUUCAGCAGUACCAGGUGGACACAGGCAUGCAAGACUUGUGAUGGAGGAGUGUCCUCUAACUUACGAAACACAAGCAAACGAUGCAGCAGAGGAACUCAUAGAAAAGAUUAACGCUGCUGCUAAAAGAGGGAUGAAAUUUGUUGGAAUCAUAUCACAGUAUUACUUGCCGUCUGAACACUGUAACGGAACCAGUCAUGACGGAGAUGCAGAAUUGGGACUACACAGGAGACAUGGUUCACACGACAACUGCAAAAGCGGGAAUGAUGGAGACGUCAGUGGACAUUCAUGUGCAAGUGGAGUGGAGGAGGAGCCUCAGCUGGAAAGUGGACAUCAGACAGAAGGAAACAGCAGCCCCAGCUACUCUAAACCAGAGCGGGGAGGAGAUCACAAGCUGUACAUGGUCUUCAAUGCUUUCGAUGAGGAUUCAACCUGCUGGACCUAUCAGGAAGGUAUCCUGUCCAUGAAAGUGACAAGGAAAGGAGCUGUCAUCAACACACUUGACGCCAACUGGCUAGAAUUAACUACAUUUUAUUAUAAGCAAGGCUUGUCUUUAGUUGACUCUUUUGUAUGCUGGGAGACACCUAAAGGGGACCAUUUGCCUAAAUCUCUGGAAGGAUUUUUUAUCUAUGAAGAAGAAGGAUCUGGAGUUCCAGGUUCUAGCAGGAAAGGGAAUGACGCCAUUGUGGUGGAACAGUGGACCGUCAUUGAGGGCUGUGAAAUCAAAACAGACUACGGCCCACUGCUGCACACUCUGGCUGAAUUUGGAUGGCUUCUCACAAGCGUGCUGCCCACACCCAUAUUGAGACACGACAGUGAAGGAAAUUUGGCUACAAAGCAAGUCGUAUUUCUCCAAAGGCCAGCUGUGUGGAGUUCAACUGCCCAGAUGCCAGAAAGGAAAGCUAGCCGGCUGCUGAAGGGUGAGGACAGAAACAAGGUUGGCAGCAGGAGCAUCGGCCUGGACACCAACUCAUCCCAUCUGGCACAAGGCCGAGCCCCUCUUGAGGAGGGGCCCCUCUCUCCCUCCAGAGAGUGUUGGACCAAGGAGGAGCAGCCAGCACGGAGCGACAGCUUCUUGGGCUUCAGCAGCAGCAACAGCGUCCUCCGGGAACUAGAUGACGGACAGUUUGACCAGGAAGAGGGCGUGACGCAGGUCACUUGCAUGUGAGCUGCCAAGUGAAGCUGUCAAAGGCCUUGUAAAUAGCUAUUAAAACGACUGCCCGCUGCCUUUAUUUUGCUACUACUAUGCAUUUUUGUAAUGCUUUUAAUGCCAGGCUCAGCCUUCCCCUAAUCUAUGUAAACUUUGUCUCAGCAUCUCAGACAAGGAAGAAUAACCUACUAUUCAUCAAUGUAAAACCAUGCUUACAUCUCUCUCGACUAAAACAUCUGUGUAAACAGAUGUCCCAACUGGUCAUUAAGCAGCAGCCUGGUUCACUUCCUCAUAAAUGGACAAAUCAGUAUUUCUCAUCAUGCCUAUUUAAAAACUAAAAAAACAAAAAAACAAAACAACAACAACAAAAAAAACUGACUAUCCAAAUUACCAUUUCAGCCAAUUAGAACCAUCUCGGGAAGCUACAGCCUCACUUAAGCUCAAAAAUAUUCUCUCCCCAUAUCUGUCCCUCUCUCACAUACAUAGACUACCGAUUCCCUGCCUGUAAAAUUCUAAUUUUUGCUUCUGACUGUGGCGUGUACCUACAAACGAAGCCCCUAUUUGAGAAAAUAAUCUUCAAAAAAUAUUUUUCUAUUUUUUUGUUUUUUUGUUUGUUGUAUUUUUGAGACAGGGUCUCUCUAUGUAGCUCUGACUGUCCUGGAAUUCACCAGGCUGGUCUCGAACCCAGUGACUGCUUAGUGUCACUGGUAGGCCUCCCAGGUACUGGGAUCAGAGGCGUGUACCACCACUUCCAGGUUUGUCUUUUCUUUCAAAAGGCAGCCACAGCCGGGCGGUGGUGGCACACCCUUUAAUCCCAGCACUCAGGAGGCAGAGGCAGGCAGAUCUCUGUGAGUUUGAGGCCGGGCUGGACCGACAGCCUCCAAAACAAUACAGAGAAACCCUGUCUCAUAAAACGAAAAAAAAAAAAAAAGGCAGCCACAUGGCCAGUCCUGCAGCCAAUCAUUAGCUUUGACAUUGUAGAACCCCAUAGCCUACCAGUGACACUAAGCAGAACAAGCCAUAGUAUCUGGGCCUGCAUGUUCAUAUGUGCAUAUAGUAAAACUAAGAUUUUUUUUAAAAAUCAGAAAGAGAGCCCACAAUGUGUAAAAGCCAUAGUAGAUGGAAACAUUUCACUUAUGUUGAGCCUGUUGGCACACCUUUAAUCCCAGCACUUGGUACACAGUGAGACCCUGCUCAAAAAACAAGAUUUACCUUUCUUUGCAUUUGCAACUACCAUUGAAGAGGACAAACAUCAACCUCCAAUGGAAGUGUGUCGUCUUCUACAACUGUUAGGUUCAACUGCGUUUUUGUCUUGACACGUUAAACCUGGAAAAUGUUGCCGCCCAGAAUUCUAAGUUCUGCAGCAGCAGAGAGGAGCUCACAGCCCACGAGAUGUGUGCAGCCCUGACUACUGCACGCCCACCACCAGGGAGGUCUUUAUCUUGCCCCAGUCUUCACCCAAUAGAGAUUAAUCUUCUAGAAAACAGGGAACUUUUCAUUUACAUAUGAAAGACUGACCUCCCAAGAAUUACAGUCGACUAUGUCAUUAAGUAACUCACAUAUUAUAUAUUUUUAUUGACUUGAUGUGGACAUUGUGAGCCAUUUGAAUAAUAAACUUAUUUGUUAAUAA